AUGCUACGACCGUGUUACAUCCUUAACCUCGCCCUUCUGGGCCUGGCGCUCCUCGCCGGCACUCAAGCGCGCCGAAUGACCAAGCGCGACAUGCACGCUCGUCAGGCUGAGGCCGCCAAGCGGUUCGGUAUACCCAACUUGCAAGGUCGUGCGGCGCAUACUGGCGUGCAAAACAUCACAUUCAGCAACCCUCGCGCGUCCGAAUUCUGGGUCGACGGCACUGCGAUCCCCGAGGUUGACUUCGACAUCGGGCCAUCCUGGUCGGGACUUCUGCCUAUCAGCUCGGACCCGAAAGAGACUCGCAAAUUGUUCUUCUGGUUCUUCCCCCCUGGCCCUCAGGGAAGCCUCGACGACCUCAUCUUCUGGACCAAUGGUGGGCCUGGGUGCUCGUCUCUCGAGGGUCUCUUGCAAGAAAAUGGGCCUUUUUCAUGGUCAUGGGGUCAGGCUAUACCGACCGUCAACCAAUGGAGCUGGACGAAUCUUUCUAGUAUUCUCUUCGUCGAACAACCCGUAGGCACGGGCUUCUCGCAGGGGACACCCAACAUCACCAACGAAGAUCAGCUCGCCGAACAGCUUGUUGGGUUCUUCCAACAGUUCCUCGAGGUCUUCUCCGAGCUGAAGGGCAAGAAGUUCUACCUUAGUGGCGAGAGCUACGCCGGAACAUACAUACCAUAUAUCGCCAACUUUAUCUACGAGAACCCGGGCACACUGGAUCUGGACCUUCAAGGCUUCUACAUUUCGGAUCCCUCGCUUUCUUUCGACAUCGUGCAGGAGCAGAUCCCGGCCGUCAACUUCGUCCACAAAUACGAAAAUGUCUUCGCGUUCAACCAAACCUUCAUGGCCGAGCUCGAUUCGAUCGCCGCGACAUGCAACUACUCGGACUACUUCGAGAAGCACGUCACCUUCCCGCCCAAGGGUCUCUUGCCAUUCCCCACCGGCACGUCUUCGUCCCGCACGGCGCGCGGAUGUGACGUCUGGGAUAUGAUCUUCGACGCCGCGCUCGCCACCAACCCCGCGUUCAACAUCUACCGCAUUUUCGACACCUACCCGAUCCUCUGGGACGUGCUCGGCUUCCCGGGCUCCUUCCCGCAAACGCAACUCUCCCCGCUCUACUUUGACCGCGCGGACGUGAAGGCUGCGAUCCACGCGCCUGCCAACGUCGAUUGGACCGAGUGCUCGAACGAGUCCGUCUUCGGCCGUGGCGGCGAUCAGAGCCUCCCGCCUGCGUUCACCGUCCUGCCGAACGCGAUCGAGAAGAGCCAGCGGAGCGUGAUCGUGCACGGUCUCGCGGAUUUCAUCCUCAUCGCCGAGGGCACGCGCAUCGUGCUCCAGAACAUGACCUGGAACGGCUUGCAAGGCUUCCAGACCCCGAUCCAGAACGACAGCUUCAUCGUCGACGGCGUCGGCGCCGUCGGCACCGCGCACCAAGAGCGGGGACUGACGUACUACGAGGUUGAGCAGUCCGGCCACAUGGUGCCCCAGUUCGUGCCUUGGGCCGCGUUCCAAGCCAUGCAGUUCCUCCUUGGCUUCCGCUCGACACCAUGA